CCUGGCUAUUGUUCACAAUUUUUACCCCCAAUUUGAAAUUAGGGAUUACUCCGUAUGAUUUUUGAAGAUGACAAAUCGGCGGCAAUAUAUUCACGGCAGCAACAACCGACAAUGUUAGCCCAAGAGGCCAAGAGAUGACAGUUUUGUGAAGAGAGGCAGCAAUAUUCAGUAGUGAUUCCAAAUUCAGUAGACUUUCUCUCUCCCAGCUUGAUUUGUUGGUUCUCCAGAAAAAGGAUGAAAGUGAAGAUUGUACAAUGGCAUGCUGUAGCUUCAUGGACUUGGGAUGCCCAGGAUGAAACAUGUGGAAUAUGUAGGAUGCCAUUUGAUGGCUGCUGUCCAGAUUGCAAACUACCUGGCGAUGACUGCCCAUUAAUUUGGGGGCAAUGCAACCAUGCUUUCCAUCUACACUGCAUCUUGAAGUGGGUAAAUUCACAGACCUCUCAAGCUCAUUGUCCUAUGUGCCGUCGGGAAUGGCACUUCAAGGACUGAAAGCGGCUCUUCACCCGUUCUUUUCUCAAUUUAUCAUCAUCCGGAGAAAACAGCAUAACAAAUGCAAUAACUAUGGUACAAUUCUCAUCUUUCCUACAUGGCGAUCUGUUUCAGGCUUUCAGCGUCAAUGCUGGUCUCGUUCAUGUGAUUUAAAUGGUUGGUUUCACAAACAUUCCUCUAGUUAGCUAUUCCAAAACUUAUCUGUAACAUGACGCGAUGACAUGAUUACUCUUGGUAGAUAUUUGAGUUUACAGUUCAUCAUUUUUGUUCGCACGUUAUUUUUAUUGAUAAUGAUUGAACACUGAUAGUAACAUGAUUCACGAAUAGACAAGUGGGCAAAUAAUGGGAUUGAUGGAAAAUUAAAAUCAAAUACCCAGCACACAUUACCCGAUCCAAGCUGUAUGCGUAACUAAGUGUCAAAAUAUUGGAGUGCAGUCUCUUUCAGUCCAGCAAGAACAAGAAAUAGACCUGUAAAUGCUUGUCCAUUACUCUAUUCCAGUGUUGAUUACUUUGCUGGAAAGAACAUGGUGGAAUUAAUGAAUUAUAGCCGUCUAAUACUUGUAUGUUGGAAUACAGCAAAUAUUUUGAUGUGUAAGAAAGGUUCUUGCUGUUUGAUCUUUAUUUUUCGCACUUUAGCAGGGGUUUCGAAUAGUAAAUGAAUAGACAGUAAAGUUUCAACGUUUUUGGAUGAGCGGAUUUGAGAGAAGGCGGAAGGGAUGGACAUGGUAGUGAGUUGGUGAUGGGUGAUAUAUGUUUUUCUUGAGCUUAUUUUACUGAGUAUAUGUCAAUUGAACUUGAGCAUCCCUUAUUUUUCCACAAGGAAUAGUUUCUCUUGAAGUGAACUUAUUUGAACUAUUUGUUCUCGAAUGUAAUUUACAUCGACUUAUUCAACUAAACAUAAGUGAAAGAGUGAAAGUAAAGUGACAGAAGUUAAACUUUAAAUGGUGUACGUAAUGAAGUUUAGGAAUUAUUAUACAAGACUCAUCAGUAACAACAUUUUCAAUAUUCAGAAUUCUGCUUUUGAUACUCGAAGAAAUUCAACAAAUCAACAAUCAAUAGUUUCAUACAUUACAGAAACAAAUUUUUUACGAUGGAUUGUAAAUAAAACUAAAAAAGAAAACUCUGCUACAUCUUUGUCGUCACCAAUGAGAUCUAAGGUCCCUUUUCACACCUUACC